GAGGAGUGUGUGUGUGUGUGUGAGUGCAGCAGAGGUAAGCAGCCUGGUCAGCCUUGGUGGCCUCACUGAGCGAAGGGAAGUCCUGGCUUUGUACGCGCUGGAGAUCUCCUCUCGCUGGGGCCAAGAUGUCGCAUUACCUGAAAGGAGGGGUCGUCAUCGGGCACCAAAUGCUGGAAGGGAAGCAUCAUUACGAAGUGCAAGAUGUCCUCCACUGCCAGAGUGCCCAUUCCCUGUUCAGGAGGGGCGACUGUUUGCUGCAGGUGAAUGACAAAAACGCAUCUGAAUUCCCACCGGAGAUCAUAGCUGAGUUACUCCGGGAAAACUCCACACAGCUGACUGUUCUUCGUCCUGGGCGCAGUGAGGAUACCCAUGUCCCUGCGAAUCUCAGAGAUACUGUAUAUUGGCCGUACAACAAACAGAAGAUGAAGCUGCUGUUCAGUUUGAAGAUGACGAGAUCAUGUGAGGGCCUGGUGGAGCCAGUGCCAGCUGAGAACCAUGAUCCUUUGCUAGCAGGGGACACCGGGAGGUUGCACGGUGAACACACCGGCGCGGAAACUUUCUGUAAUGCUCCCAGCGACAUGCUCGGUGGAGAGGAGGCUGCAGGCGCUAUGUGUGGCAGUGCGAAACCACACGGGCUGCUGGUGGCUUUGAAUCAGGCUUCCCUCUGCAGAGUGCAGGGGCGCGGCCCAUCUUGGUCCUCAGCGCUCACGUGUCCUGUGUGCCAGAAGAAAGAAUGUGACAUACACCGUGUUAUUCUCAAUUCGGAGGUGAAAUCAGAACUCUAUCAUCUGGAAGAACAAGUGCCCCCCGGUGAUUGCUGCGGGAUGAUCUUGAAGGUAAUGAACAGCGAAUACCCACUCCUAAUCCACAACGAGAGAGACCAGUACCUCCGGCCUGGCAACUGCUACCAAACCAUAGUGCUGAGCCAGCAGGUUCCUGAGUCUGCCCAGCUGACAAUCUUUUAUUACAAGUCCAACAAGAUUCUCAGACCAUAUUGCGGGAUGCCUGUGGUACUCAAUUUUUCAAAAACAAAUUAUUUCCUGGCAUGUCAGACAGAAGGGAGCGACGUCCUGCUCAAAAUCGAGGAAUGUACCACGCGGUCCCUGAGAAAGAUCACCGAGGACAGCCCACAGUGGAGGUUCAUCUUCUACAUGAAGGAGCGACAAGACGCCACCCGCAGCUUUGAGUCUGCUCGGUACCGAGGCUGGUUCAUCAAUAACCGAUGGAGCGAGCAGGUCGCAGGCAUGAAGAAAACCAUGCAGGAACCCUUAAACGCAGACUUCAUCUUUAUCUUGGUUAAACUCUGAGGCACCCUACUGCAGCACUCCGAUGGGAAGGGAUCUGAGCGAAGGGAAUUUUUCAAUUAGGUAGUCUCACAUUGCCACAGAGAAGUGGCACGACAGGGUGUCCCUGGGAGAUCCUGGUGAACACCGAUGUGUCUCUGGGGAUCCUGGUGCACACCGGUGUGUCUCUGGGGGAUCCUGGUGAACACCGGUGUGUCUGGGGGAUCCUGGUGAACACCGGUGUGUCACUCGGGGAUCCUGGUGAACACCGGUGUGUCUCUGGUGGAUCCUGGUGAACACCGGUGUGUCUCUCGGUGAUCCUGGUGAAAACCGGUGUGUCUCUGGGGGAUCCUGGUGAAAACCGGUGUGUCUCUGGUGGAUCCUGGUGAACCUCAGUGU